GAAGCGAAGCCGCUGGAGAAGGAGGUUCUUUUUUUCUUCUAUCCUUCUUUUUCGUUUUCUUCUUCGCCUUCUUCGUCUCCUCCUCGAACAUUGCAGAGAUCCACCAUGAUAUCACAUGUCUACUGGACAACGACGCAUCACAUCUAGAACAAGAGCAUGCCGCAUUACUAGACUGCCUCCUCGCAAGCGACAACCAAGAUAGCGGAUGCCCGCACGGCAUGCGCCUGUGAUGCUAUUGACUCCACUGCAGUCGCGACUUGCGGCCUCUCUCGCAGGCCUGCUGGUUGUCUUGAUGCUCUACAUUCUUCUCUUCGCACCCACCGCGGCGCUCGCACUGGAGCUUGCAGCACCUCCUCUACCCGACUUGACGACCCCAGCGGAGCCUCUGCGGCUGGGCGCUGAAUCGCAUCAGUUAUACGAACCCGAUUUUGCCUUGUUUGAUCGUGGAAUCGUCGGUCGAGCCCCCGUCGAUGCGACGCCCUUACAAAACAACGUCCCGAUACCAUUGAAUCUUGAACCAGGUGCCACUGCCUGUUAUGUGGUGCAGAAAAGCGUCAUCUUCAGCGGCAGUGGGAACUCGGGCUCUUCCAACUCCAAAAGAGAACUGGAAGGGGACCAAGACCUGGAUAGGCGUGAUGACAAUACCAAUACACCAAAUAAUAACCAAGGCAGCAGCGCUACAAGAACGCUCUACCUGUCUGCAAACACCUGCCUACAACCACAUAACAUCACUGCAGACGCAUCGACACCUCCGCAACUCCGUUUCUUGAUCUCGACUUCUAGCAAGGAUGGAUGCCCUGACGCAACCAAACCUGCGGCCGGAGUUCAGUCAAAGGCAUUCGAGCAAGGCGCUGUCAUGUACAGUUUGAACGCUACGGACGACGUAUACAUCACGGUUGCAGCCCCCAGCGUCUCAAAGGAUUUUCAAGGUAUAUAUAAUUUUGAGAUUGCGGCAUCGAUUGAUGCCUAUUAUUACCAAUACAGCUCGCAGAAUGGGCAACUGUUAUGGAUGGACAGUGACGCCAAAUCCGCCUUGCUCCAGACGGCGAGCUUGACGAGCAACAAGAGUCAGAUUUCGUCCAUCCUCAACGCCGGUCCGCAGUACGAACUUUACGUCCAGGGCACCAAGGCACCGAUUCUCGACGGGCUAACGCGCUCGGUCUGUGGAAUGAAUAACGUUGCUCAGAUUGCCUCCAAAAGGCUGGAUAAUGGGCAAAUGAAUAACAAUGAAUUGGUCCGAACCAAAAUGACCGACAAGGGUCCCGGUGGCUGGCCCAGGCAACAAUUCUACUUUCAAGGACUCACGUCCAGUUCUUCAUAUUCUGGAAUCCUGGUCAAAUAUGGGAAUUCAACAGCCAACUCCAAGAGACAAAGCACAGGGGUGAUUGGGGGCGGAGGCACUGUCUUUCCACCCACCGACUUUCAAACCUCAGCAGGAACAAACUGCAAUCUCAUCACCGAUCUAGACUUUUGUGACGACGUGCAAUGGGCAGCCCCUGGAAAUAACAAGUUUAACAAUACGGAACUUGGAAAUCUUUACGACGCGUAUGCCAAAGAGAUGUAUGACAAUUUUCAAAAGGUAAUGAUGCAAAUUCCUUGCGAAGCGCCAUCUACGCAGCGAUAUUCGUUAGCGGUGGACUGCAAUAAUUGCACAGUGGCCUAUAAACAAUGGCUUUGCGCCGUCGCUAUCCCGCGUUGUGAGGAUUUCUCAAAUCAGAGCAACUAUACCAUUCCACGAAACGCCGCACAGGCCUUCCCGAAUGGCACUUUCCUCCCGGAUGAGAUGAGACAAGAUCUUAUGAAGACGCCGGCUUUCAACACGUCCCGAACUUCCUUCAUAGACGAGGUGAUUGCGCCGGGACCGUACAAGGAGAUCUUGCCUUGCGUGGAUCUUUGCUAUGGGGUCGUUCAGGGAUGCCCAGCGGCGAUUGGCUUUGGAUGUCCCCAGGCUGGCAAACUUGGUUUCAACGUGAGUUAUGGGCUACGAGACCGUAACGGCGGAGCGGUUUCUUGCAAUUACCCAGGAGAGCCGAGAACUCAAGUUAGCGCAUCGGGAGCAGUCACGCCUAGCCUAGCGCUCCUUAUUGGCGCUCUUGGUCUUGGGUCAAGUCUGUUGCUAUGAUUGGGGGGGAUAAAAGAAGAGGAAAAGAGUAGUCAUACCGCAUGCAAGGCGUUCAUGGUUAGCGAUCACUGGGUUUGAAGGGUUGGUUCACUAUUUGAGAAGAAAGAGGAGCAUGGCGUUUUACGGGCGGCAUAUCUUUUUGAUGAAGGCUGGUUUAUGAUUGAGGCUGACCUCGGGAAGGUCGACGGCUCUUUUUGAAUAGAAGCCUGGAGGUUGGCUGGCGACCUGAAUC